CAUGCCGGGAGCCGGGAGCCCGCACUUCCUCCUCGGGGGCCUCAGAAAACCACAGGGCGCGGGGCCAGGGCGGCGGCCCCCAGGGAGCUGGCAGGAUGGCAGAGGGCAAGGCAGGCGGCGCGGCCGGCCUCUUCGCCAAGCAGGUGCAGAAGAAGUUUAGCAGGGCCCAGGAGAAGGUGCUGCAGAAAUUGGGGAAAGCUGUAGAAACCAAAGAUGAACGAUUUGAACAAAGUGCUAACAACUUCUACCAACAACAGGCAGAAGGCCACAAGCUGUACAAGGACCUGAAGAACUUCCUUAGUGCAGUCAAAGUGAUGCAUGAAAGUUCAAAAAGAGUGUCAGAAACCCUGCAGGAGAUCUACAGCAGCGAGUGGGACGGUCAUGAGGAGCUGAAGGCCAUCGUAGGGAAUAAUGAUCUCCUUUGGGAAGACUAUGAGGAGAAACUGGCUGACCAGGCUGUGAGGACCAUGGAAAACUACGUUGCCCAGUUCAGCGAAAUUAAGGAGAGAAUUGCCAAGCGGGGUCGGAAACUCGUGGACUAUGACAGUGCCCGACAUCACCUGGAGGCAGUGCAGAAUGCCAAGAAGAAAGAUGAGGCCAAGACUGCCAAGGCAGAGGAAGAGUUCAACAAAGCCCAGACUGUGUUUGAAGAUCUGAACCAAGAACUACUAGAGGAGCUGCCUAUUCUUUAUAAUAGUCGUAUUGGCUGCUAUGUGACCAUCUUCCAAAACAUUUCCAACUUGAGGGAUGUCUUCUACAGGGAAAUGAGCAAGCUGAACCACAAUCUCUACGAGGUGAUGAGCAAACUGGAGAAGCAACAUUCCAAUAAAGUCUUUGUGGUGAAGGGACUGUCAAGCAGCAGGCGCUCUUUAGUCAUUUCUCCCCCAGUUCGAACAGCUACGGUCUCCAGUCCUCUUACCUCACCUACUAGUCCCUCUACACUUUCCUUGAAGAGUGAGAGUGAAUCUGUCUCCGCAACUGAAGAUCUGGCACCUGAUGUAGCCCAGGGGGAAGACAAUUCUGAGAUCAAGGAGCUCUUAGAAGAGGAGGAAAUAGAGAAGGAAGGAUCUGAAGCAAGUUCCUCUGAGGAAGAUGAGCCUCUACCAGCCUGCAAUGGCCCCGCCCAGGCCCAGCCCUCUCCUACCACUGAGAGUGCCAAGUCCCAGGAGGAAGUUCUCCCCAGCUCCCCAGCUCCAUCACCAGGCGGAGCCCUGAGCCCUUCAGGGCAGCCUUCAUCAUCUGCCACAGAAGUAGUCCUCCGAACCCGCACAGCAAGUGAAGGAUCUGCACAACCAAAGAAGAGAGCCUCUAUCCAGAGGACCUCAGCACCCCCUAGUAGGCCUCCUCCACCCAGAGCCACUGCAAGCCCCAGGCCCUCCUCAGGGAACAUACCUUCCAGCCCUACAGCCUCUGGAGGGGGUUCACCCACCAGCCCUAGGGCCACCUUGGGGACUGGGACUCCAAGUCCUAGGACCUCCCUAGAGGUCUCUCCUAAUCCAGAACCACCAGAGAAGCCAGUAAGAACUCCUGAGGCCAAAGGAAAUGAAAACAUCCACAAUCAGAACCCCGAAGAACUUUGUACUUCCCCCACCUUAAUGACAUCUCAGAUUGCUUCAGAGCCUGGAGAGGCAAAGAAGAUGGAAGACAAGGAAGAGGAUAAUAAGCUUAUCUCAGCUGACUCCUCGGAGGGCCAAGACCAGCUUCAAGUCUCCACGGUACCAGAAAACAACAACCUCACAGCACCUGAACCUCAAGAAGAGGUAUCUACAAGUGAAAAUCCACAACUCUGAAGAGAAACUGCCAAGACUCCCCCUGCCCCACACCUCCCCAGAGAAGCUCUUCAACCAGAGGGUAUAGGUCGGAGGGAUAUAAGAGCCAGCAUCCAUCCCUGGGUUCUCAGUAAGAAUGCUGGCGCUGUCUAAAGACUUGGCAUUAAUGGAGGCGGAGGGGCAGCCUUAUGGGAGGGAUGGAGGGAGGCAGGCUGGGGAGAAGAGAACAUUAGACUCAGGGAAUAUUUAAUUCUGGUUUUAGCAUUAUUAGAAUAAGACUUUAUACAUUAACUAAAGUGGAGCUUUAAUCACUAUAAAAAGCAAAAGUAUCUAUAGACACAGACACUUGUCUAUACAGAGACAUAACCACACACACUCAGAGGAUAGUGAACAAAUCUGUCUUUGACUUAUGACCU